AUGCAUUGUCCCACAUCAGCCAGCACAGCAGGACAACGAAUAGAACCGACUCAAGGACGACAACAAUCGCAUGCAUAUUGGAGAUCUUACCGACAUCUGCCAAAGGAAGGUGAGAGAAAGCCGAGAUCCUGUCGGCGAACACCCCCGGACGUUUUUUUUCCUUUCCGUUGGACGGGCAACCAAGUCCAGCGCAGCCACCCCACUGGUCCAAAUGUCAACAACCUGCAGCGCUCCCGAAUCGAUUCGUCACCCCGCGCAACCAAGUUCUACGGGACCCUUUCCGUACGAGCAGAAGAGCGAUCCUCAGAUUCCGAGAGCAGAGAACCACCAUCAAAAAGCACUCAUCUUUUCUGCAGCAGCAAGCAACCAGUCCUCCCAGUGCAAAAAUUUACGAAGAAAGGCAGUUUAGCUAAUAUCUUAUCCCCUGGGAAACGAACAAGCGAUGAGGAGUAUUUACUUCUUGGGCUUCCACCUACGCACGAUAACGGCCUUGACGACAAACGAAACGAAACAGGGACUUACUUGCAUUCCAGAGAAGACGCAGAAAACCAGAUCGACGAGACCCCAUCGAUCCGCAUUCCUCGGGUCUCUAUCGAUAAGGACGACGUACAGCGAUUAAUCGGACUGCUCGAAAGUCUUACGAAAUCUGCUGGAAGGGAGAGGAGGUUGGAGCGUGGAGAGAGAAUGGGCAAUAGAUUUGCGAACAUGCCCGGAUACCGUGGUUUGAUCAGAGCGCAUGGCGUUAUUGCGGUCAUCGCUUUCCUUAUCCUCCUACCAUGGGCUAUCCUCAUGGCUCAGUUCUACACUCGAUCGCCGUACUGGGCUCUUCGAAUGCACGUAUAUCUCCAAAUUCUGGUCGUGGGAUUUGCGACCGUGGUUUUUGUGACUGGCUUCAAUGCUGUCGGUCUCAAUCGCAGUCUCACGAACCCGCAUCAUGGCAUCGGAGUAGCGAUAUACACCAUGAUCUUGGUACAGGCGAUUGGUGGAUUUUGGAUUCACAAGAGAGAGAAGAGGCGGUCUCCGGCCAAGCUGCCAAUAAAGCUAGUGCUACACCAGUGGCAUGGACGAGCUAUUGCUCUACUAGGAUUUGCGCAGGUUCCGCUGGGAUUGACGCUUUAUGGGAGCCCCAAAUGGACGUUCGUCCUGUAUGCCUUAUGGAUGUUCUUUCUACUGGUGCUAUUCUUCAUCUUGUGCUACCGGGCACUCCCGUCACUUGAUGGGGAGUUAAGGGAUGGCAGGCGCAGUGGUCGUGGGGGAACAGUGAUCUCGGACAGGAAAUCAAGCAGGUUCGGAGGAUUGCUAGGCCCGUUGGCUGUGGGCGCCGGAGCUGCUACAUUACUGGGCCGAAGGGAUAGGAGUCGAAGUAGAAGCCGUAGUCACAGUAGGAGCAGGAGAACCGAGGUAAUACCCAGCAGGAGAGGAAGUGAAAGCUACACCGAGGAGGAAAAAUACUCGGACAGACCAAAGAAGAGCGGUGGAAUGAUGGACAAGCUGCUCAAAGCGGGAGCAAUCUUCGGUGCGGCUGGCCUGGCCAAGAGUUGGUAUGAGAGGAAACAGCGGAGAACAGAUGACGAUGACUAUUCUUCCGUUGCUCACGAUACACCCUCUCGUCGGCGAAGACACGAUCAGAGCGAGCUCAGCGAGGACAGCAUCGUUGUUGACCAGAUGGAGGAAGGAAGAACACGCCGUUCGGGAAUCCUUCCAGGACCAGGCGACCCGAGUUUGGCGGCGUCAGCUAUGAGCGCUGCAACAUCAGGGCCGACCACACCUAAACCAGUUCGUCGACAAAGUUCGGACUACACUGAUUCGUCAUAUUUUGACUCCACAAUUUCUCCAUCGAGACGUGCCCAGUCUAACAAAAUGGCUCGCAACGGAGUGCUAGCUGGCCUCGGACUAGGCUGGUUCGCAAAGAAGAUGAAGGACAGACAAGACAGAAGAGAGCAGGAUCGCCUCGACCGUAUUCAAAGCGAACGCAUCGAAGAAGAACGACGAGCUCGACGUGGCAAAACCCCGUCUCGGCUGACAGGAGACGGAGUUCCCAAUCCUCGCCGGCAGCAAAGACGGCCAUCGCGACCACUUUCGUCCGAUCUCUCGUCGAUAAUUGAUGACCCGCAUCCUGUCCGACCGGGAGCCCUCCCGGCGGUUCCUCUGCCUUUCCAGCCUGGACCGAUAGCCGCGGAUAUGGAAGCGAGGCGAUCACGGUACGAUGUGACACAACCUGUGUCUAUGCCUCCUGCACCACCGGAUCCACAGGGCCUCUUGCAUCAAGAAGAGUCUGGAAGCGAGGCGUACAUGUCAGCUGGUGGUCACCCGCGCAGAAGACACUCGUCAGCGAGGAGGAGAGAAGGAGAGAUCGCAGCUGCGGCCGCUGUGGCGGAAGCAGCUAGGCUCGCAGCCAAAGAAGAGGAACGCAGGCGGCGCUCGAGGAGCAGGGGAGGCCGUAAUGAUCUGGGAAGUGGGAUCGUCAGCCCGCCCGUGAGCGUGAAGGUCAAGGUCCACGGAGACAAGGACCGGAACGUCACAUUACGGCGUCUCACGGAGAAAGAGGCGGAAGCAGAACGACAAGCGAGGAGAUCAGACCGGCGACGGAGACGUGCCGACUCGAUGUCUAGUCUGAGUGGCACCGAUGCUGGUCCGUCAAGGCGAAGAUAUAGGCGAGAGGGGGGGCGAGUAGAGAGUACUCCGCCUCCCUCAAUGGCUCCUUUGGAACCCCCCGCGCCUCUAUUUUCAGGCAGCAGAAAGCCCAAGGACUCGGCGUAUUACAGCGGCAAACCGAACGAACACGGUGCAAGCGACGCUGCAUUGCCACUGGCGGAUUUCACAAGUCCUGGAAGCCAUGGGACAUGGAGUGCGAUGAGCCCGAGUGUGGAUGGUGGCGAUGGAGCCGAGGCGGCUGCUGAGAGGCGUCGACGGAGGAGACCGACCUCCUCAACUCCCACGCCAGCAGCGCACCGAACACCUCCACCCCCCAACGCAGCAAUCCAAAAUGCCACCAACCUCAACCCCAGCCACAGGAGAAGCCGAAGCCGAAGCCGAAGCCCCCGCCUCGCCCUCGCCCCCGCCCGCGCCGCCCAUCGCGCAGACGCCCGGGCCGCGCGCAAAGAAAUUCAUCGAAGUGUACGAGCUCGCGCUGAGCCGCACCCUCGCGUCGGUGUCGUACGCUUCCUUCGCGGCCUGCUUCCCGUCGAUCGCGGCGCAGGCGCCCGCCGCGCUGAAGGGCAUGCACGGCAGCAUGGUGGGCCGGCUGGAGGCCUUCGCCCGCGACGAGUUCGAGACGAUCCUCGCGGAGAGGAACGUCGUCGAGAGGCUGAACCUGUUGGAGGAUCUGAUUGCCGAGGGGAGGCGGAGGAAGGCGAGGGGGGAGCAGGAGGAGGAGGAGGAGGGCAGGGCAGGGGGAGAGGCUGGGAGGGUGAGGGAGAGGGUGAUCAAUCGCACCUAAACGCCAAGCUUCAAACCACAGAGUCGCAGAACGCGACGUUGAUUGAAGAGGUCCGGAGACAGAGGGCCGAGAUUGAAGAGCUGUUGAAGCUCGGCGAGAUUCUGGUCGGGGAUCUGGAGGGUGCAGGCGGUAGGCUGGGGGAGAGAGGGGAGGAGCUUGCGAGGACAGGACGAGAGGCUGAAAGCGUGUUGGAUGAGAGUUAG